CUCUGUAAAUCUCAGGCAAGGUUGGUUGCAGGAUAGUUUUCUCCCGUUACCAGGCAGCAAGCAGUGAGAUUACGGUAAUAAUGUUAGUUAGCACAACUUUAAAAUUAACUCACAGAAAACCGAAGAAAACUCGCAAACACACUCCUGGUUUUGCCAGAGCAAAUUCUAGCUCGUAUCGAAUACCGAUGUGUGACACGUAGCGGAUUGUUAUGGUUGCGUAGUCGUUAAUGUUUUGUGUGUAGCGUAACAACUACUACUACAGCAAUUAUGAUAUCGAGUUCACACAUCAUGCUUUGUUUUUGUUCCCAUUUCUCCUCAGAGUCUCUACCAGUCAAGUCAAGUCAGCUCCAUAGGCUAUUAUAACCGGUUUAUGUUACAAUCCUAUUGUUGUCUGUUUCCAGUCGCGCUGCUUCGUCAGACAUUGUUACAAUGUUCCUACAUAAUGACAGACCCCCUCAAUCUGUGCUUUGAGAAGGGAUUGUUUGGAAGCCAUAUACUUGAAGUGCAUUGGCCAAAGAAAACUGUAGUCCUGUAAUCUGUUGUAGACUACCGCCAUGGCCUCCGCCAGUGACAUCCGAGACAAACUGCGGAGAAAACGCCGUGCUUUUCAGGAGUCUCUUGUCAGAGUCCGCGAUGAUACUCAGGCUUUGGUCUCCUCGGUGAUGGAGGUCAAUAGGGACUCUGCUGCAGAGGAGCUCGCAGGCGGCGAAGACGAGGGGCCGGCAGAGACUCUGAGGCGCUCGCUUAAAGCACAGAGGCAAAGGAGGAAGAAGAAGAUGCUUGAGGAAACUGCCGUGGAGGAGUCUCAAUCUGGGGUGGAGGAGUCUCAAUCUGGGGUGGAGGAGUCUCAAUCUGGGGUGGAGGAGUCUCAAACUGGGAUGGAGGAGUCUCAAUCUGGGAUGGAGGAGUCUCAAUCUGGAGUGGAGGAGUCUCAAACUGGGGUGGAGGAGUCUCAAACUGGGGUGGAGGAGGAGGGCGAAGAUGGAGAGACGGAGGACGUGGAGACCUCAGUGGUGGAGGAGAUUAGCGAGGUUCAGUCCAUCCAGCAGUCGAGGGGGAGAUCGGAGACCGAGCCGGAGACCGAGUCUGAGGCUGCCGCCAGGUCCUUAAUGCGGUCCUCUAGAGACCUGCCUCCCUUGCCCUUGUCAAGACCUAGCUCCAGCCUUUCAGAGAGCUCAAUGCGACAGCGUAUGAGGGAGAAGCUGAGAGCUGCCAGAUCUAAAGCAGAGAGCCUCCUGCAGCAGGAAGUCCCUGUGGAGCCUGCCAGUCGCCUGCAGAGUCUGAGAGACCGAGACGCUCUCACCAGGUUUGACAGGGAGACCGAGCCAGAACUCAGGCAGGCACCAGAUGGAGAUUCAACAGACCUUGCAGGAAAAGUGAAGUUUCGUGAGGCUGUACGCAGAGUACGGAUAGAAGCCCAGAGAGAGACUGGCAUACCCACAGCUGAAGACGCCUAUAAUUUCUUCACCUUCAACUUUGACCCCGAGCCUGAAGAAGAGCCGAAGAAAAGGCACAAGAAGAGGAGAGCCCCUAGGGAACAGGCAGAAGGGGAGGAGGAUGAUGACGAGGUGGACGGCGAGGAGGAACCUGAGGAGCAGGAUACGGAGACGGAGAGGGAGCAAGCCAGAGAGGAUGAUGACGAGGAGAGGGACGAAGACGCUGCUCUGGUCAGAGAUGGAGAGGAGGACCCGUUCCUCAUUCAACAGUCCUCUCAGGACUUCCUAGAGGUGAGGAAAGCAGAGUACAUUGGGUACAACAGACGAGUCCAGCGCGACAGUGAGCUGCUCUUCACUCCCAGUGUGCGAACAGUUCCGGCUUCCAUCAAGUUGCCUGAAAAUAUGCAGCCUCGAUACCUGGAGGAAGAAGGGCUGUACGUAGGAGAGAGGCCGGUAGUAUCCCUCACCAAUGAGAACAUUCUGGAAAACCGCAUACUGAGACAAGACCAGGGCAAUAAAUGGUUUGGAGAUGAUGGGAGGGUCACUGUUCUGCCUGACCCAAUUAAAGAGUCCUCGACCCGGCCCCCUCUUUUCCAUAUGGAGGGUGAUCUGGAACCUGCUCUACAGACUGUUUACAGAAAGGCAAUAAAGUCAAAGUAUGCCAAACGCUACAUUCCUGGAGUCGGUGACAUCCAGGGGGACUACCAGCUGGAUGUGGAUGUUGCUGGCCUCAUCUUCUCCCAUCAUGGCCUCUUCAGCCGGGAGCAUGUGCUGGGGGCCCGACUGGCUCAACUGUACGAUCAGCACCUCAGCAGACAGCAUAAAAACCUCACUCGUCUGCUCACAGAUAAGCUGAGUGGGCUAAGGAACACCAUACGGAACAUGCUGGAACACCACGGCGGACUGGGCUUAAGUGACAUCGCAAAGCAGAGAAUAGCGGAAUACAGGCAGGAAGUGAAGAUCACUCGUCAGAUGCGUGACGUGGAGCAGGAGAAGGACCGGGUUCUGCUGAAGAACAUCGUGAAGGUGUGGAAGGAGAUCAAAGCCCUGAGAGAAUUCCAGAGGUUCACCAACACACCAUUCAAGCUCUAUCUGAGGAGAGAGGAGGUCGACAGAGCCUCAGAUGAGCGUGAGUGUGAGGCCGAGAUUCUGGCGGAGGUGUCCGAACUCCAAGCAGAGAGCAGGGAGGACUACGAGAGGAAGGUGGCCGAAUACAAGACACAUCUCGAGGAGUGGAAAACCUGGAAAAAGAAGCAGAAAGCCAUGAAGAAAAAGAAGAAAAAGAAGAGGCAGCAGUCUCAGGAUGAUGAGGAGGAGGAGGAGGAGGAGGAGGAUGAGGAGGAGAGUGAAGAGGAGCUGGGCGAGGAGCCCCCUAAGCCUGACCCACCAGAGGAGCCGGACCUGGAGGCUGUGGAGAGGCUGGUGCGGGAGAAAGCCUCCAGGAUCCGCAGGAAGCCCGGAGAGCCUAUCCUGGUGCCGGAGUUAACUGCCUCCAGCAAUAUCACUCACAACGAGCAGUGUCCCAGGGCUGAACUUGCGAGAAGACAGGAUGUGUUGAAGCGCUCUCAAUUUGUGAAAGUCCUGUACAACGACAAAGAAGUCUCCCGAACAGACAGCCGUGCCCUCGCCGCAGAUUUCAGGGUCCAUUUCGGUCAGAUAUUUAACCUGAAGAUCAUCAACUGGCCUGAGAGCAUCAAGCUGCAGGUGUAUGAAACGGUUGGAUCCUCAACAACCCAGCUGGCAGAGGUGUUUGUGCCCGUCCCAGAUCCAUCCAUACUGACAGGAAGCGCAACCUCUGAAGAGCUGGAGUUUAGCAGUAACCAGCGAGUCAUGUUCAAUCACGAGGGCGUUGGCAGUGAUGUGCCUUUCUCUUUUGAGGCGGAUGGCAGCAACAGAUUGACCCUGCUUACCUCAGGGAAGUUGUCCUGCUGUGUGUCCUGGGCCAUAGGAGAAAAUGACAUCCCUCUGGCUCCCCCCAUGACUCAUGCCAGUGCGGGCAUGAACAGUGGGAUAAUGCAGAUGGAUGCGAUCGCAUGCAUUGGGGCCUCAGGUCUGAAUGACAUGAAGAAGUUGGGGAAAUGGGCUGCAGAGUCUCGGCUGGAUCCCAAUGAUCCCAACAACGCCUCCAUUAUGCAGCUUCUCUCAGUGGUCAGUGGUGGAGAUGUCACAGUUCCUGAUUACUUUCGCCUGGAGCAGCUGCAGGAGGAGUUCAACUUCCUGUCUGAUGAGGAACUGGACCGAUCACGGAGGUUCCGCCUGCUCCGGCUGAGAACUCAGGAAGUGGCCGAGUUCCGUGGCUACAAGUGUGUGCCUGCUCAGGAGCGUGAGGUUUCUGAGAAGAUCUUCCAGGACUAUGAGAAGAGACUGAGGGAUGGCGAGGUGGUUGAUACCAAGGAACACUUGGAUGCCCAUAGGGCACUGGUGGCCAAGUAUCUACAGAAAGUACGCGAGUCUGUCAUCAAUCGAUUCCUCAUCGCCAAACAUCAUUUCGUCUUAUCUGAUGUGGUUCUUGAGGAGGAGGUCCCCACUAUUGGUGGUCCUGGCCCUGGGGUCCUUGGACUGAACCUGUUUAAACUGGCUGAACCCAAACGUCCUUUGAAACCACGGAGGAAAGAGAGGAAGAAGGUGACGGCACAGAACCUGUCUGAUGGAGACAUCAAACUCCUGCUCAACAUUAUCAGAGCAUAUGAUAUUCCCAUUCGAAAACCCCAAGCCAGCAAACCAGCAGUAGCAUCCAAGUCGACCCGCUCAGUCACUGAAACGUUCACUGCUGGACAGUCAUCACAGACUGCCCUACAAGGCAUCGACUGGCCUCUCAACCAGGUGCUUGUCAGGCCCUUUGUGGAAGUGACGUUCCAGCGCACGGUUCUCCAGACCUCCACUGCUGAGGGGCCUAACCCCUGCUGGAACGAGGAGCUCCUGCUGUCUUUUAGUGCUCCUAACGGAGAUUACAGUACAUCCAGUUUACAGUCCGUGAAAGACGAAGUCUUCAUCAACAUCUUUGAUGAGGUCAUUCAUGAAACAACUGAUGCUGAGAGAGAAAGAGGAGGCAUAUACGCACACGUUGAGAGGCACUGGCUCGGUUGCGUGAAGAUCCCCUUCAGUACUAUUUAUCGCCAGUCCAGGAUUGACGGAACAUUCAAAGUGGAGAUGCCGCCGGUGCUGUUGGGAUACACCAAAGAGCACAACCUGCUCAGCGAGGGCGGCUAUGAUAUCGUGCGCAACCUGACUGAGGGAGCCUUCGUCACGCUCUUCAUCACCAUCGAGCCUCAGCUGGUGCCUGGCGAGACCGUAAGAGAAAAGAUGAAGGAUGUAAAGUUUGACACAGAGGAGGAUGAGCGUCUGCUCCUGGCUUCUGAGUUCUUCGAGAGGGACGCCACACAGCGCUUCCCCAGUCGGCCCUGCCUCACCACCGUCAUCGACAUCAAUGGCAAGACGGUGUUCAUCACACGCUAUAUCCGCCCACUCAACCCACCUCAGGAGCUGCUGGAUGCCUCCCCCGACAACCCACAAGAGACUACGGAGUUGGUUGCCAGAUACGUUUCCCUCAUUCCCUCCCUCCCUGACAGCGUCUCUUUUGUCGGUGUCUGUGAUCUAUGGAGCACUUGUGAUCAAUUCCUGACAUUGCUGGCAGGCGAUGAGGAAGAGCACGCUGUCCUGCUGUGCAACUACUUCCUCUCCAUGGGCAAAAAAGCAUGGCUCAUCAUUGGCACUGCCAUCCCUGAGGGGCUCACUGCAUACGUGUUGACAUAUGACCAGAGUCGCUACCUCAUCUGGAACCCCAGCAAUGGUCAAUACUAUGGACAAUAUGACACCUUCUGCCCACUGCAGACUAUUGGAUGUCUGAUAAAUGCUGACAAUGUAUGGUUUAACAUUCAGAUGUAUGAUGCCCCAAUGAGGAUGAGUUUUGAUAUGACUAAAAACAAGUUCUGGAAGCCUUUUUUCUCUCGGGCUUUCUCUUAUCCAGGCCUCUCUAGUGUACAGCCCGAGGAGUUGGCCUAUCAACGCACAGACAAGGCAGCAGCCACAGAGCUUCAGGACAGGAUUGAGAAAAUACUGCGAGAGAAGAUUAUGGAAUGGCGUCCACGACACCCCACCCGCUGGAACCGAUAUUGUUCCUCCACCCUACGCCACUUCCUGCCCAAACUUGAACUAAGUGGUGGACGGGACGUUGCAGAGGAGCACCGCCUGGAGCUGCAAAGCCUGCUGGGAGAAUACAGGAUAUCGGGCUUUCCCAUUCAACUGCCAUUUUCAGAGAUCCAGCCUAUCAUCGAAGCUGUGUACAGCACUGGGGUCCAUACAGUGGAAAUGUCAAAUGUGGAGUUUGCUCUGGCUGUUUAUGUUCACCCCUACCCCAAUAAUGUCUUGUCUGUGUGGGUGUACCUGGCCUCACUCAUAAGGACACGUUAGUUCUUACAUUCUAGAAAUAUGUUUACUCAUGUCUCACAUUUUGCACAAAGGUAGUUUGUUAUUUGGUGAGAGAUAAACAAACAGAAUGUAUAAGAAGGGAUAGGCUGUGUGUGUGUGUGUGUGUACCAAAUAGAUUGGUUAACUGUAAGGAUUAUUUUAUAUUGUACAAAUCAUCUAAGAGGGAAGGCAGACAUAAUUUUGAACCAAUUAUGUGAUGCUGAGCCAACAUGAGCUAUACUGUGUACUAUAGGAUAAACAUUUUACUAUUGAUAUUGUUUUAUUUUUUGCAGAAAUAUUCCUAAUAAUGUCGUUACUUUUAAUACCCAUUUCAAUCAAUACUCACAAUUAAAGUUGAUUGGCUUGUUA